AUGGCGCCCUCUUUAACAGCCCACACUUCCUUCACCCGUCCGAGAACCAGCGACCGUGACCACCGCGACGGACGUCCUGUCACCCGUGAUCAGCAAGAUGCCAACCUCGUCAUCCCGAGCCGCACCUCGUCCCUCCAUUCCCGCAUUACCCAGCCGAUUCCUGGCCAGUUGAGCGCCAAACCUCAGCAGCGCACUCCCAAGACCCUUACUCAUGCGUACAUGGUCUGUGGUGUCGGCCGGGAGCCUUCGCAAUGGGUGAAGGCUCCAACGCCCCAGCAGGGCAAGAUUGGCCACAUGAAGGGUGCCGUUCCUCAGUUCUGGCUUCCCGAGAUUCUUGGGAGCAGUCCCAGGCUCGAGCAGGACAAUGAGAUUGCUCGUGCUUUGCACUCUGCUAUGAGGGCAUGCUUCCCCCACGAUGUCGAGAUUUGCACCGGCAGAAGCCAGCCUCACUGCGUCCACCACGCCUUUGUGCUCCAGCAGGAUUCCUCCCACACGCUCUACGGUAUCUGCCUGCGGGUGUGGUCCCGCGCCGAUGACAGGCGAGCCGAGACGAUCCGCGAUCUCAGGAAACGCACCGAGCCCGACUUCUACGACAACCCGGACGAGCAGUACUGGAUCCCCUACUGCCUUUCGUUCCUCUCCCGCUACCCGCUGUACAACUUGCUCGGCGACUAUCUGCGUGGUAUGUGGAUUCACUGGAACAAGGCUACUAACCUUUUUCACGCCGAGGAGGUUUCCCGAAUUCUGAGUUUUCCCGCCCCUCGUCUCAACGAUUUGGUUCGCAUCGACAUGAAGGACUAUGCGCUCUGCUACCAGUUUCCUUCUUCGCCCACUGGGUUCCAAAACUUUGCCAUGUGGCCCUUGUUCUGCUGUCUCUCGGUUCCCAACAUUGUUGGUGUGAUCGAGGCUGCCAUUUCGCCCACCCGCCGCAUCAUUUUUGUCAGUCAUUACCCAGCCAUGCUCACCAUGGCUGCCGAGACUGUCAGAUUCUGUGUGCGCGUAUAUGAGUGGAGUGGUCUCUAUGUCCCUGUUGUGCAUGCUCGCCAUGCCAAGGACCUUGUCGAGGAGCCUGGCCCGUACAUCCUCGGUAUCACUGCUGAGUGCAGAACGCUCUUCACUGCGCCGACAGAUGCUUUGGUGGUGGAUCUCGACCGCAACUUUGUGCUCACUUCCAACCCCCCCUCUGCGCUCCAGCCUAACCAGCGCACCAAGUUCAUCACCCGCCUUACCCAGGCUCUGAAUGGUGAUGUAACACCAUCGGGUGUUCCCCAGCACUUGCGUUCUGCGUACGGUGGCGGCAAGCUUGUCCCCGCGGGUCAGAUUAUUGUCAUGCGUGGACAGGUUGAGUCUAUUCAGGACCCUGAAUGGUGGAAUCAAGAUGCCGUCAUGUCGGUGAUGGACCAUGUGUGCGAGAAGAUGGGCCGCAACACCGGCCUGAAGGCUGUUUUUGGAGGGUCGGUCAAGAAGCCACUGAUGACCAAGGUUUCCAUGCGGCACUUGAACGAGAUUGUCCGUGAACGUAACCAGUACUCACGCGACGCGUUGGAGGCCUGGCAGGAUUUUAUCAACCUUAAGGGGCGGAUGGACACCGAACUCGGCAAGGUCAACAAGCGGAACAACUACCUUAUGGAGGAGUGCGACAAUUGGAAGCAGCAGUUCCAGCGUUUCCAGGCCUUUGCUGACACCCUCACCAAGGAGACCCAAGAUCUCAAGGUCAAGAUUGAGACGCACAAACGCGAGAACCGUCGCCUGGGCAGUCUUAUUGAUCAGCAAAAGGACGACGCCGCUCGUCUUGCCAAUCGUCUGGCUGGCACCGAGAAGCAGCGUGACGAUGCUCUUGAGGCUCUUGUCCUCCAGCAGGAGAUUGCCGAGGAGCUUGAGCGCGAGCGUAAGAGGAAUCGCAAGGAGCUGUCAACGCUCCAGACCACCAACACGGCCAUCUCAAGACAGCGUGACGAAGCCCGCCGUGUUGUGCUUCACCUGCGUAGCUUGAUUUCUGGCCAACAUCACCACAUGGAGCACCUCGUCAAGACUCUGACGUCUCCCGAGGAGCUCGCUGCUGAGAUUGAGGCUGGCUUUGCUGCGCAAGACGCCGUUGAUGCGGUUGAAGCCCAAGCUGCUGGCGAGUCUAGCAAUGACGAGCGGUUCCUCAAGAACCUGAAUGCUGCUAGCAGACGAAUCUCUACGCAAGCAUUCAUCGACGUGGCGGAUCGGCACCUCAAGGACAAGACCGAUGCCAUCGCCCAUAUCAUCCGGAACAUUUCGGAACAGUGUCAGGCCGCUGUUGAAGGCCUCCAACUUGCACAUGACGCGGAGCACGGGAGGUCGGAUUCUUCGGCCUCCCGUUCUUCGCGGUUGUCGAAAAGUCGCCGAGGGAGUAAUAUCUCCAUCGCCCGGUCCGACGACGAUCGCAGCUCGGCGGCAACGUCCGAUGUCAGUGAUGACCAUACCCUCCUCCGACCGAACAGCGGGCGGCUCUCUAGCAUCCCACCCACACCGGAUCUCGUUCCCAACCGCAGCAGCACUAGCAUGUCUUUCGCUAGCACGGCCACGACCCCUGAGCGAGGCUCUCAGCACUACCUCCACGGACACCAUGACAUCCCCACCAAGAUCGUCGAGGACGACGAGGACGAUAUCGACGGAUCUCAGUCUGAUGUCCACUCCGUCCCCCAGGAAGCGGGAGUCGUGGGCAAGCACUCGGAGAGCCUGAUCCACAGGCCUUCUGGUGCCCGCAUCAGCGCCCUUGGCGGCCUCGGUCGCUAA